AAUUACCUCGCUUUCCCACGAAUGGGGAGAGCAAGACCCGGCUAUCUGGCCUUCCCCCGUAUGGGCCGUAGUCAGAUGAAGACGGAAACCGGAACUGACUGCUGCGGCCUCGGUAUGAAAAGCGAGUUCGUGAUUGGUCAAGAAGGAAAAGAAGAGCUACGUCACGGCGCCUGCAGCUCUAGUGUGGCCUGCUGUGCCGGUCUGAGAGAGAUCGUGGACCAGAAACAAGAUGGCGUCUUCUUCUCCAUGUGUGUUCCCGACUUUGUGGCCAGCCGCAGCUCAGAAGAAAGCUCAUCGGAAGUUCUAAGCAAGUUGAAGAGUUUGCUGCAGAAGUAACGUGUGACGUCACCAGAUGUUAUGGCGUCGGCAACCGACGCAGUCGUGGCAAAUACUCAUCUCCAUCAUCUCGACAGACCAUUUAUAAUUCAUGACAUUUGUUAUGCACACAGUUCCGCAUGUAUGUUUUAGCAUAAAUUCCAGGCUGGGGACACAAUUAUUUCGUGCUUUGGGGGGAGGAGAUCGUCAACACUUUCGUAUGCAAUCCAGAUGGCGAUUGUUGUGGGUCAACAAGAGAUUCUGCAGACCAUAAUUCAUAUUUUGGGGCUUUCAGCAUGUCGUGUUAGGAUCUCAAUUAAUUACUACGAGUGCGGGUUUAAAAUUAAAAUAGAAAUUGACGCUCCCGUUAUUUCCCUUUAGUAGUAUUUGCGCUGAGGGCGUUGGUUGUAAUAAUUACGGACCAUUGUCAAUUCUUUGAGAAUAAUAUGAAGAGCGGGUGGUGAUCCGUCUCUCUAAUCUUGGUAGUACAAGCGCUGUCUUACUAGAAAACAUAAUUGGGGGGGGGGGGGGGUUACAAUUUUGAGCAUUGCAGGGGAGGGGGAGAACUAAUUGCCUACAGACACAUAUCUAUGAGACCCCAUCAUUGUCUUGACGUAAAAUGUGUACAUGAAACAAUACAUGUACCAAACCACCAAGAUAGAACCUAUCACCAAAGUAAAUUGAGUUAAUUGAGAUCUCCUUUGAAUAAACCAAAGCAUGAGCCAAGAAGAAAAACACAAGAAACGAAAUCCUUGUUUUCGGGUGGGGGGUUGUUUACACCAGGAAACAAUUAAUGUAUCGCACCCUGUCCAAACUGAUUAUGUCUCAUGAGGAUUAAAGCUGGUCACAGGUCACAGGUCACUCAGUA